AUGAGGCGACUCUCCAUGAGCUUUCUCCGCCCUUUCAGAUCCCCGCUUAGACCCCUCGACUGGACAACUACAGCGGCGGCAACAUCUUCCGCCCGCCAACGGGUUCGCAUAUCGUAUCUAGCACUCUAUUCAAUUCAUCGUCACUUUUCAACUUCUUCCUCAUGCUCCUUCCCAUCCCAGUUCCACCGCUCAGAUUUUACCAACCAGCCAUAUACAGGCAGCUAUGAGCCAGGUCUCCCCACCUCCGGCCCAUUGGGCUCCGCACCCUCCUUUGGUGCCUCUCGAUUGACCCCGAAAAUGCUUAAACAACACCUGGAUCAAUUCGUAGUUGGGCAGGAUCGGGCGAAGAAAGUUCUGAGUGUCGCUGUCUACAAUCACUAUCAGCGAGUGCAGGAGCUACAACGGAGGGAGGAAGAGGAAGAGGAGUUGAUGGCCCAGCAAGCACGUCGUGAGUCGGUGGAGAGCCAUCCUGUAGAGACUGAAUUCCCAGGUCAGCAACGGACCAUUCAUACACAUGCAGCCAAUGAUGACAUAUCACGACCAGAACCACUCCCCGUCGACACUUCUCCAUUGACCCUGGAAAAGUCCAAUAUCCUGCUCCUUGGACCGUCAGGCGUAGGCAAGACCCUGAUGGCCAAAACCUUAGCUCGCGUACUCUCUGUGCCAUUUAGCAUGUCUGAUUGCACUCCGCUCACGCAGGCUGGUUACAUUGGAGAGGAUGCAGAUGUAUGCGUACAUAGGUUACUGGCUGCCGCUAAUUACGACGUAGCCCAAGCGGAAAGAGGCAUAAUUUGCCUUGACGAGGUCGAUAAAAUCGCCACAGCAAAAGUCAGCCAUGGAAAGGAUGUGAGCGGGGAAGGCGUCCAGCAAGCUUUGCUGAAAAUAAUUGAAGGCACAACCGUUCAGAUCCAAGCCAAGCCAGAACGAAACGCUCCCCGUUCUGGUGGAUCGUUGAACUCCAACCCGGGUGGCAGUAGUAGCUUUGGAGGGUCGUCAUUCUCUUCACCAGCCCCACCAGGGUCAUCUGGAAAGGCUGAAGUCUACAAUGUGCGGACAGACAACAUCCUUUUUAUCUUCUCAGGUGCCUUUGUAGGCCUGAACAAAGUGAUCAUGGAUAGGAUAUCUCGUGGCUCCAUUGGAUUUGGCCAGCCAGUACGGGCAUUAACAAGUUCGUUUAGCUCGCACAAUCCAUCGCAUGGAGCUUCUAGCCCACCUAUCCCGAUUCUUCCGGGCUCUGCGGAGGAAGCCCUAUAUAAGAAGCAUCUCCCAUUUUUCACUCCAGCGCCAAUGCCUUCAACAUCCGGUUCCGCGGACGAAGAACCAACUUAUUUCAACCCCCUAGAUCUUCUGACGCCCCCUGAUCUCCAAACGUAUGGAUUCAUUCCCGAACUCGUGGGUCGUAUCCCCAUCACAACCGCGCUUUCCCAACUCACCCACCGCCUUCUCCUCCGCAUUUUAACGGAGCCACGCAACUCCCUAUUGGCCCAGUACACAACUCUUUUCUCCCUCUCAGGCAUUGAACUCCGCUUCACCACACCAGCCCUACACAAAAUAGCCAGCAAUGCAAUGUCCAUGGCCACCGGGGCCCGCGGGCUGCGAACAGAAAUGGAAAUGAUUCUGGGCGACGCGAUGUUCGAAGCACCAGGAUCUAGCGUUAAAUUUGUCCUCGUCACCGAAGCCGUUGCUUCCCGAAAGGCGAAGGCAGUGUAUCUUGCUCGAGGCCAGGGUGGGAAGUUCCAUGCCAUGAUCGCAGCGGAGGAGGGCGAGUGGGAGGAUAAGAUGAGAAAGCAGAAGGAGGGUCAGGAGGGUAAUGAUCGAGAUAUUAGCUUUGAACAAUGGAGAUCUCGAUCGAGGACGGAUGCAGCUGUCGGGGGGGGUUCGUGA